GAAUACCGUUGUUCAGUUUUCGCGACGACUCGGACACUUCAGCUGUCGCCUGUCGGUCAAAUGUUAAACGAUUGAAGUUUUUUUUAACGAAAUAAUAAAGCGACAAACGGGCUGAAAUUAUCUCCUUAAUAAAAAUUCCAUAAACUAUCUAUUCAUAAUAAUUCAAUCUUUGGAAGUUUAGGUCUGAAGCCGUCCACUAGCGUCACUUUCUGGCAUUUAGCGAAGAUUAAAUCAAAUGUAAUGAACGCCAAACCUCACAUUUACCAAUAUGACUUAUCUAAACGAAGCUACAAUGGAAAAACACUCAACCUCUCAAAUGACGAACACAAAGUUCCAACAAGAUAUAACGAGAGCAAUAUCUAUUCACUGUUUAAUUACUUACGUCCGUUAAAGUAUCAGACUCCCACCCAGUUUGUUUCACAAUACGAAUUACCUACGCCUGAGGACCCAGAAUCCUCUCAGUAUAAAUUUAGUGACAAUAGUUUAAAAGUAAUAUCCAUACAGAUAAGAAGACUACGGGGAAUAUGCAGUUAUUUGUCAAAAAACAUUGAUUGCCCAGUUGUGUAUGAGAUAUUUGGACGGUGUGUAUCUAAGGGUAACGCUUUCACCAAUAUACCUGGUAUAUCUUUUGUACUGCAAGAAAAUGAUAACAAACAGACGGUCCAGACAAUAAAUUGCGCUUUGUAUGAUUUUGAUGAGAUAUUACCGGAUAUCAGAGUUGGAAAUAUAUACAGAUGCGCUGGGAGAUAUCACUGUCAAAAAUACAUAUUCCAGUGUUUUAACAUAGAAGAACUAAAUGAGGACGAAGUGCAUCUUAUGGAAUCCAUUCAAUAUCAGUCAAACCUGGAGCUAACAGAAUUAACGAAACCAAGAAACUUUACACAAAAAGUAUCUAGAGUAAUAUGGAGACCCAACUCGAUAGCUAAUUCCUCUACAAUUACAUUCCCAACCGAAUACCGACACUUUACUGCAGCAAUAAAUAAAAAAAUAUAAAGUAAGAUUGUUACAA